AGUCUCUGUGCUAGGCCUGAGGGUUAACCGGAAGGCAGCGGUGCUGUAGAAGAGUCCAUUCCCCUGCCUUUGUGGUUCCCAUGGAGGGGUUUCCUGUCCACUGACCCACCGUGCUGCCUCACCAGGACAGCAGCCAUGUCCGCCUGCAACACCUUCACGGAGCACGUGUGGAAACCAGGCGAGUGCAAGAACUGCUUUAAGCCCAAGAGCCUGCACCGCCUGGCCGAGGGUGGCCUGAAGACGACAGCUCCUGAGCAACCCUCCCAGCAACAGAGCCAACCCCCUGCUGGAACUAGACCCAACGGCAACAGCUCCCAGAGGGGAGGCGGAGGCGGUAGCAGUGUCUCAGCUCGCUCUGGCCACUUCCGCCCUCCCGUGGCUAAGAAGCCCACAAUCGCUGUCAAGCCCACCAUGAUGCUGUCCUGCUCUUCCGCCGACCUGGACUUGGAGGGAAACCUACAUCGGCCGCCAGACGCUGGUGAACCCGGCAAAACUUCUGCCUUUACCGUCUGGACCCGCAAUGGGAUGAACCGCAAGAAGCCCGGCGGGCAUAACAACAAUGAAGGGGAAUAUGCCGGGGAGGAGAUUGAGCGUUACAGACAGCGCAGUCGGCACGCACCCAGUGGUAAUGACAAUGGUUUGACUGACAUGCUCAAAGAGAUUGCGGGCCUGGGCUCUGGCCCCAGCGCCUUGUCCGGGUCGAAGGACCUCUUUUUGGGGCGCAUCAGCAACUCCUUCCAGCGCUCUUUAGAGAGAGGACUCCCCGCUUCUGGUUGCUUGGCCAUUGGGAGCAGCAGCGGCAGUGGAGGGGCCGCCCAAAAGAGGGUGUCCCUCAGCAACAGCAUGGAGGUCAUCAGCACCGAAGGAGGGCGCUUCUGCUACCCUGAGUUCUCCAGCGAAGGAGAGGACGAUGAUGAGGAUGAAGAUGACGAAAGUGAAGGGAACGACGACGAUGAACACGAGAGCUGGGAUGAGAGUGACGAGGAGCUUCUAGCUAUGGAGAUCCGUAUGCGGGGCCAGCCGCGCUUCGCCAACUUCCGUGCCGCCACACUUUCCCCAGUCCCCUUUGCCCAGGGGAAGAAGUGGAACACUGUACCGUUACGUAACCGCUCACUCCAGAGGAUCUGCGCCGUGGACUAUGACGACAGUUAUGAUGAGAUCCUUAAUGGAUACCCCUCCACGGACGCCAUUGGAGGCCACAGUCUCCUUCCGUACGGCCCUAAUGACCUGCAGGGCAGCGGCUUCCUCUCCAAUUCGGAGUGCACCACUUCCCCCGAGUCUUCAUCAUCGCUGCCGGAGGACUUACGCACCACUUCCAGCUGCAGCAGCAGUGCUCCCUGUGGCCCCCUGAGAAACGGCCUGCACUCCCCCUCCGCUUUCAGAACACCGGCCCUCCAGGCUGCUGGGACAGACAAGGAACAACAGACCCAGAAGGCUGUCAGUCCACCCAAAGUCACGGAGACCCACAAGGCUGUUCUCGCCAUCCAAUUGGAGGAUCAGGACUGCAGGGAGGGCUUACCUAUGCCCCAAGCUCUUCCCGGGCAGCCGGUGACGAUCAGCUUCAGCCCCACAGAGGAGCAAGCCAAACCUUACCGUGUGGUCAACCUGGAGAAGCAUCUUAUAUGUAAGCCCUACACAGUGGUGGACGUGUCUGCAUCCAUGGCUAGCCCAGAGGAACAAAACCAAGACAGCACUCCCAAACAACCAAAGACUCCCAUUAUCCCCUCUUCCUACCCCAUCUCCCCCUUAUGCCAGCCUCUGUCUCCAGCCUCGCCCAUGUCCCUAUCAUCUCCCAUCUCCCCCACAUCCACCACACCCUCUGUCUUCCAGGGCAAUGCCAGCAAGAAACCAGGUGCCAUCCGCUACCAGGAGGUGUGGACGUCUAGCACCAGUCCCCGUCAGAAGAUUGCCAAAUUGGAUCUGGAGUCCACUGGAGCAUCUGGCCCUGCUGUCCCACCUCGCAACUGCAGCCACAAGUCGGCCCCCACCUCCCCCAUUGCUGGCCUCUCCUCCUCUCGAACUGUACCUGUGAAAUCCCCUAACCUGUCUGAGAUCAAGUUCAACAGCUACAACAACGCAGGGAUGCCCCCCUUCCCUAUCAUCAUCCGGGAUGAUACCACAUAUUCCCGCAGAUCCAAGAACGCCGUCAAGGUGCCUAUCGUCAUCAACCCAAGUGCUUACGACAACCUGGCGGUGUAUAAGAGCUUCCUGGGUCUAAGCGGGGAGGUGCCCCAACUAAAGGAAGGGAGAGUGGCUAGCCACACUUACGAAGAGAUCGGCUCCUCAGAGAGUGUCCAGCCUUCUCCUACAGAGAAAACUAGCGGUAAAGCGGCAUCAGAGAAAGCUGCUGCUGAAGAAAGGAGAGCCGCUGCAGCAGCCCUGAUAAGACAGGAGCUAACCGCCAGAACCACUAAAGACACGACCAUAGCUGCGAGCAUGGCUGCUGGUGCUGUUUCUCCUUCAGCUUCCACAUCGAUUGCUGUUCCAACUCCUCUCACUGUCGCUGCCAUCUUGGCCAAAAGCAGCUCCAGUUCAGCCACUAGUGGGCGCACUCGCAAGAUCAGUGGGGAGACAACAUCCAGCAGAGAGGGGAGCACUGACUUCCCUCUGUCAUCAGGCACUGGGACAGGCCACCGGGAGAAGGCCAGCACUGUGUUGUCCCAGAUCGUUGCCUCUAUCCAGCCCCCACAGUCUCCCCCAGAGUCACCUUCCCCACAUUCUAAAGCCUGCAGUAUCGAGGAGCUGUACGCCCUCCCACCCAAUGCCACCAAAGAAACACUCAGUCGACCCAAGUCUCUUUUCUCCUCCACUGACAGCUGCCUGUCCAAACCCAGGAAGGACACACCCUCUAAGCAGCUGCCCAAAUCCCAGAGUGCCUCAGCAGCCGUGCCCCUGUCCAGCCCCACCAAGUCAGAGCCCAACGCUCCAUUCCCCCCUCCCAGAUCCACCUCUUCCCCAUACUACGCCUCCAACAUCCUUCAGAGGCACUUUGGCCACUGGACCAAGCCUGCCGCCUCCAGCUCCCCCUCGCGCCCCAGUGACGGAGAGACCAGCCCAGGUGGAGGGGAGGGGAGACGGGUGGCGGCAGAGAGCGCCAAGCCCAAACGCUGGAUCUCCUUCAAGAGCUUCUUCCGCCGGCGGAAGGAAGAGGACGAACAGCGGGAGAAGGCGCAGAAGGAGACGAAGAAGGGCAAGCUGGUGGGGCUGGACGGGACGGUCAUCCACAUGCUGCCACCUCCACCCAUCCAACGCCACCACUGGUUCUCUGAGGCCAAGAACGAGGACCCCAGUCAGAAACCCACCAUCAUAUUCACCUACAAGCCAGACGGCAGCGCCUCCGGUGACUGGGAGGGGGAACUGCGGGUGGAGGAAUGUAGAGAAACUGCUCUGCUGUCCCCAGAGGAGAGCCGAGACAUCAGACCAUCUACCACCGAGACUGCCCUCCACUGCAAGGCCAUCAGCCAGGUGCCAUGUGAUGCCAACAUAUCCGAGGGGGAGAUGCCCACCACCUCCUCCCUACCAGCCAAACUGGAGCUACUGUCCCCUGGGGAGGAGUGUGCCAGCCUGGUUGCCACACCGGCCUCGGCCAGCGAGAGCAGUCCCAGCCUGGGUGACCCGGAGGAGGAGGAUGGCCACUCCCACUCGCCGGCAUCCAGCUCCUGCAGUGCCACCUACAGCAACCUGGGUCAAUCCAGAGCCAACAUGAUCCCGCUGAAGCACCCACGGAACAUCAAGGCUUCGGACGACACCGUGGCCGACUUGGACGAAGAGGCCUCCAAAGCCACUCCGCCCCCGCUGCCCAAGAAGUCGGUAGCCCGCCCCAGCACCGAGACCUCCAGCCUGGGAAAGGAGCUGCCGCUGAGGCCCAAGCGUGAGGCGAAACCCGGGGGUACCAACCUGAGCGUGGCCAACCCCCUGUAUGACAUGGACUCCACGUGGGAGACGGGCAGCCAUAGCUCCUCGCUCAGCUCCGAGGCCCGCCUUCAUGACCAGGAGAGUGGGGACUCCCUGGAGAGACCAGUGGUAGCUGUCAACAAGGGCCGAGGGGCCAACAGCCUGUCGUGCCUGGCCUCGGCACCCUGCGCCACCACGGGGAGGGAGCGGCGGGGCUGCCACAGUGCAGAGUCCCUGGCGGGCAAGGCCCGGACCACGGGCAGGGGGGAUGGGGGUGGAGGGAGCAGCAAGCCCCAGAGGCAUGCCCUCUACAAGGGCAUGGACAGCUGGGAGGAGGUGGUGGGUCGCAUCCGGGGGCUGCACACGGACACGCUGAGGAAGCUGGCAGGGAAGUGCGAGGACCGCUUCAUGGCCGGGCAGAAGGACCACCUGCGCUUUGGCACGGACAGCUGGUCGCACUUCAGGCUGACCACAGGGAAGCCCUGCUGCGAAGCCGGAGACUCUGUUUACUACACUGCCUCCUACGCCAAGGAUCCGUUGGUCAACUACGCCAUCAAGAUCUGUCGGUGUAACGUGAAGGCGACCCAGCAGCAGUUUUUCCACAGUCUGGCGGUGAGACAAAGCCUUGCCCUCCACUUCAACAUCCAGCAGGACUGUGGCCACUUCCUGGCUGACGUCCCCCCCCGCCUGCUGCCCUGGGAGGAGGAGGAGGAGGAGGAAGAAGAAGAGGAAGAUGAUGAGGAAGGGCAGAAAGAGACCGAGGAUAAGGAGUCAAGUAGGAAGAAGGAGACUGUCGAAACUACGAAUGCCACGCAGAACGGGCAAGCCGAGGAGGCCCAGAUCCCAGGCCACCACAUGGGCACCACCGGCCGCCUGCGCAGCCGGGUGGUGGUGAUCACCCGUGAGGUGCCCUUCCAGACCGUUGCUGACUUCGUUCGGGAGGGCGCGGUCCGGCACGCCCGCAACCCGGACCUGUACGAACGUCAGGUGUGCCUGCUGCUGUUACAGCUGUGCUCGGGCCUGGAGCACAUGAAGCCCUACCACGUGACCCACUGUGACCUGCGCCUGGAGAACCUGCUGCUGGUGCACUGCCACCCGGGCAACCCCUGGAACUUGGACCUGCUCGAGCCCAACAAUAACAGCAGCAACAGCGCCACCUCCGGGGCAGGUGCUGCCAACGCGGCCACCAACGCCACCUGCCCCGCCCGCCUCAUCAUAAGCAACUUCUCCCAGGCCAAGCAGAAGAGCCCCUUGGUGGUGGACCCUGGCGCGCUGCGCAACCAGUCGCGGCUGGCGCCUGAGAUCGUCACAGCGACGCAGUAUCGCAAGUGCGACGAGUUCCAGACGGGCAUCCUCAUCUACGAGAUGCUGCACCAGCCCAACCCCUUCGAGGAGACGCCCGAGCUGAAGGAGAGGGAGUACACCUGGGCCGACCUGCCACCACUCCCAGCCCGCUCCCUCUACUCCCAGGGCCUGCAGCAGCUGGCCAGCCUCCUUCUCACCGUCAACCCCUCGGAAAGGAUCCAGAUGGCCGAGGCCAGGGCCUGCCUGCAGUGUCUGCUCUGGGGGCCCCGUGAGGACCUCUUCCAGGCGCUCAGCUACACCAGUGGCCACACUUCAGGCGCCAACUCCAGCCAGCAAGAGACCACCCUCCAGAACUGGCUGGACCUGAAGCGGACGCUGAUGAUGAUCAAGUUUGCAGAGCGCUCACUGGACACGGGCUGCGGCGUGAGCCUGGAGGAUUGGCUGUGCUGCAAGUACUUGGCCUUCGUGACCACAGACACACUCAGCCGAGUGGUGCGCAUCCUACAGCAGCAACACCCACAGUCCCAGCAUCUGACCCAGUCUCAGCAGCACCUAACCCAAUCCCAACACCUGACCCACUCCCAACCACUCUGAGCUCCAUUACUCACUAGCUACUCACUACUCAUUCAAUUCUCUCUACACUCGUAUCGCUAUGCUAACUGAAGAUCUUAGACUUCCCUUCUCGUCUCUGUCCUAUCCCUUCAACAACGCAACCAAACCAUGAGCAGAAAAUCUAUGAUAAAAACUGUAAUAAAUCAUUAGCCUUAUUGUGGACUAUGACGUGUGCAGUGCUCAGUUGUUUCAUCAGUGUAUAUUUUCUUUUGGCGGGAAAAAGUGUAGGGGGUGGGUGUUUAUCAAAAUUAAACCUGCGUCAAUGUACGAUAAAGUACUCGGAUGAGACAAAAAGUUAUUUGAUACUGCAAACUGGCGAAUAGUCCUCGCUUGGUAAAAUCUCAAUGAGCUUCAAUGAACAAGUAGGAAAAAAACUUAAACCCUCAAAGGAUGCUUGAAUGGCUCUCAGCUGGAGUUGCCACAGCAACAGGUUAUCUCCACAUUCAAUUCAAUGGGCCCUGAUCGGAAAAUCCAAUCUCCUCAGACUUCAGUCUACUUUCACAUUAUUAGCAAAUAAUUAAACAGGUCCUCUCUGCCAUGGUUUGUUGUUCAGUUUAUAGUAUGUGACAAUAAUACAUCAGCACUGAGACUGGAUAUAGGCCUAGUGAUAGUGACCACAUAGCCCAGCCAAUCUCUGCUGGCUCCAGUUGCUCUGACAUCCCCUUGUUCUCUGUGUGUUUGUGUAGCCACCUCUCAAAACUGUCUCAGACAUGAGUCCUAUUGGGAAUUCAGAGGGAUUUAGCCUUCAGAUCAGAGCUAUCCUAACUAGAGAUAUCUGUCACCUUGAACUAGCAGUUUGAAUAAUGCAGUUAGUUUAGCUUUGAAUGGAUUUCAAGAUAGAAUGUCAGCGCGUAUAGUGUAGUGGUCGUGCUUGCCCCAAUACUACAGCUCAUUCAGUUCAGUCCUAGUCUAAACAUCUCCAGUUCUUCAUCAAGGUGAAUGCAUUGUAACACAGUUAUUUGAAGUGUCCUUACCACUGCUUAAAUACAGUACAUGAGUCUGCAAUCAAUGCAGGCUGCCAUGUUGCUUCUUAGUAUCAUUGAUGAGAAGUUACAGUAGUUGGACAUGAAAGCACUCCCAAUGUAAUUUGCUAGUUUCUAAGCAAAACCAGAACUUUGAAUACUAGGAAGUCUGUUUUAGUUGUGUGUUUCGUGGACAAACACUAUUUUUACUUUGGAUAUGUGCAAUUAAUGUAAAAUGUUAUUAUUAACUAUGAAAAUGACAGUACUUAAACAUGUACGUAGCCUACUUUUAUCACAGUAUGCAACUUUUCAGUUUUUCUCGCUUCCAUUAUUAUUUCUGGCACAUAACUGGUGAUGACGUUUAGCUGAAAACGCAGGAUUUAGUCUCAAACCCUAAUUUUGGGAGCUAGGACAACAUUAUUGCAGUGCGUAGGGGGACUUUUAUGUUUCAGGGACUGCCUGUUGGGUUUUAUUUUUUUAAUUUGUUUGUAGUCUUUAAUUAUAUAUAUUUUUCAUUGUAUUUGUUCAUAUAAGAUGCUUAUGUGUUUCUAAUUGACUGGUUCUGGCCUGGGUGAUAUGAUCAAUGUUUGCACAUUCAGUUGAACUCAAGCGCUCCUAAACGGAGAACAGGUCGUAAUAAAAAGCAGUUCUGGCCUGGUAAUGCUGUUUAGUCUGGUUUAACCAGGCUAGUUCCAGCCCUCGUGGAAAGAAACACGCUGUGUUUUGCUCAGCAGCAGCACAUGGAAUGUAGGAGUCUGCCUGGACUCGAGUGAAACUUUGGUUGGAACUGAAAGGAUCCCAUGAACCUGGACUUAUUAUUCUCAAGAGACUGUCAGCCACUCAGCCUCCAUUUUGGGGUGUUUCGCUAGUCAACCACUAUACAUGACAAGAGCUCCCGAUCAAUAGAGAACGGCCACUACCUUAAACCCUGCUCCCUGCACAUCAAUACUAACCACACCACCCAACCACUGAGAUUCAUCUGCCUGUUGUCCCAUCACUAUAUAUCUGUUUUAUGGGCUGCCAUGGGAACCCACUACAACCGUUGCAGAUACAUAUCCAUCCCUCUGCCUCAUCAGCAUUGGUGUUACCACUGCACACAGUCAGCUUGUGGUCCAUUAUAGGCUAACGAAUGAGCUUUGGCUUUAUGGCCUGUGUCUGUCUGCCUGGAAUCAAUGCAACUGAAAUACAUGGCUUACAUUGGCUUUGCUUCUAUCAGUUAGGGGGCCUACUAAAGACAAUAGAGACUGUUGGUGUGCUUUUGUGAUUUAACAAAAUGAGAGAUUUCGGCAGAUCACACAUACUUUGGACUCACAGGUUGACGUCUCUAGCAGUGCUAGUUCGACACAGCAGAUUCCUAUAAUAGGGAUUGUAUAAUGUAAAAUUAUACAUUGGUUAUGUUGAUACCUUGACACAAAUACUCAGCAGAGUACCCUGAUAUUUCUUUUCUGUAACCUUCUAGAUUUAUAUAUCCACAAUUGGGCAAUGGCCUCCGGCAUAGUAUAUUUCUGGGGUUUACUACACACAUUGCACAACAGACUAUUUGAUUUCCAAACAUAACAGGUGUAUGACUCUGAAACACAUAUUUGGGAUUCCUCUUGUAAUGUCUCAUCAUCCUGUACGUGUCCAUGCAGGUUUGGUUUCUCUUAGUAAGUAUUUAACUGUUGUACUUAUUCACCUCUACUCAUCUAACAGCAUCUUGUGAGAAAAAUGGCCAAACCCUGCCAUGGUUUCCUUUCUAUAUCCAAAUGAAUAACAUGACAUAGCAGCCAGCCACUCACUAGUUAGGUCAGUGGGGGAGAACUGCUGGGAACUACUGUGAGGAAGGGAUCCUGUGUAUUUAGAUAUAGGGUCAGAUGUGAUGUCAAGGACAUCGAAUGCAGCCCUAUAGGUGACUCCAGGUCAAAGAGUCCAGGUCGCUGUAUUGGUUAAUAUACUGAGGAAUGCAUGUGGACUGCACUGGUGGCUGUCCUUGUAUCUAGAGAGUGAACAUUUAUAUUAUCUAAUCUAAUGUAAUCUUAAAUCCACACUAUUUACAGAAUUUACAGUGCACCGCUAUCAGUCUGCCACGACAGACAAGAUACCAUGCAUCAGUUUAAAAGGAAAAGCUUUACUUUUUUGUCUCAUUUGUUUUGGGAGAAAACUGGUGAAUUGGUUUUUCUGUCCAGAAGAAUGUUAUUGUAAAACUAUAGUGUUCUCACCUUUGGGAAAAAGAGUGUUUGCAUACAGAUUCAUGUACAGUAUUUUCCCCUCUUGUAAAUGAUAGUUAAACUACUUUAACAGCCAGUUGGGAGGAGGGUUUUUGAAUGAAUAACAAACACCAUUAAAAACGCAUUGUUCAUGGAUAGUGUUGCCAACAGUGAGUUUUGCAGUUUUUUAUCAUUGCAUUUUAAUCGCCACUGAACAUAAAAAGUAAGCUCUCUUGGCUUUCUAUAUAUGUGUAUAUCUCUUGGCCUAUUGCCAUUUUAUUGUUGAUCAAGUUAACUGAUAUUAACACAACAAUAAAUGUAUGUUUUUAUAUA